UUGGCAUUGGAUUGGAUGCAGCAACAUUUUGUUGGCAGAGGGAAGCUACUAUUUCAAGUCAAAUACGUUACAAUGCAGAAUUCUAUAUCGUUAUCACCAAAAGAUCAAGAUGUUUCUGUGCUCACCAGUCCUGUUGAGAAACAGCUGACUCAGAAAAUGUCGGAAUCUCCUGGAAAGACAGUGUGCACAGGUGAAUCAGUCAUGUCUUUUGGAACAAUACAGAGUGGGAAAAAUUUGCAGAAUAAGAGUCAGUUUAGGACCAUUGCACCGAAAAUUGUGCCUAAAGUCCUAACAUCCAGAGUACUGUCAUGCCAUUCACCAUCACUCUCUGAUCAAGUGAAUCCAGGGCCCUCCGUAAGCUCCACGCCCCUGGGGGUGCCUGCCCAGAAUUAUGCCCUGAUGCAGGUUGCUGGCCAGGAGGGGACGUUUUCUCUCGUUGCAUUGCCGCAUGUCGCCUCAGCUCAGCCUGUCCAGAAACCCAGACUGCCCUUGCCUGAAAACCUUAAACUGCCUAUUCCUCGAUACCAACCCCCAAGAAAUAACAAAGGAUCAAGAAAGAAACCUGUUCUGAGCUCCUCUGAGAGUGGCUGUAGCAAACCUCCUGCCCAAACCCAGACGUCCCCUUCUCCACCUGAUCAUCCUGAACCCCCGCCCCCACCAAGUCCAUCUGAGCCAGUGCUGUCGCUGGACCAAGCCCAAGCUAAUGUCAGUAUGACUAUGCUGACUGAUGGAGGUGGCCAUGAAGACUCUCGACCUCCAGUAACCAACGACCAUGGAGAUCCAAGCCUUCCUGACACCGUAACAUCCUCCACACCAGAGGAACCCUGCGCCAAGCCGGGCCUCACUAAGAUUUCAGGGAAAGAAAACUUUGCAAGCAAGGAAACAUCCAGUACAUCUUCAGCUAUCGUCAGUGAAAAGCAUAAAGAACAAGUCGAUCUUGCAAAAGGCGCCAUGAAGUUAUCGCCAGCUAUUUUGGGCAGUGCACUUCAGUUGAUCCCCUCAGUCCCCAAAGGUAAACUGCCCAUUUUACCAUACUCAAGGAUGAAAACGACAGAGGUUUACAAAAAUGAGUCAGAUAUUAACAUUGCAGACUUUUCUUCACCUGGGCUCAGGGCGGACUCCAUCACAGAAGGCUUUAACGCAGCCACCAAAAUGGCCAACAACGUGCUGGGUCCACAGGUGUCAAAGCAGAGUCCAGCCACCAAACUGGACCUCAACCACAAAACAAAACUGAAUGCUGAUCCUGAAGAACCCCCGCCCCCACCAAGUCCAUCUGAGCCAGUGCUGUCGCUGGACCAAGCCCAAGCUAAUGUCAGUAUGACUGUGCUGACUGAUGGAGGUCAUGAAGACUCUCGACCUCCAGUAACCAAUGACCAUGGAGAUCCAAGCCUUCCUGACACCGUAACAUCCUCCACACCAGAGGAACCCUGCGCCAAGCCGGGCCUCACUAAGAUUUCAGGGAAAGAAAACUUUGCAAGCAAGGAAACAUCCAGUACAUCUUCAGCUAUCGUCAGUGAAAAGCAUAAAGAACAAGUCGAUCUUGCAAAAGGCGCCAUGAAGUUAUCGCCAGCUAUUUUGGGCAGUGCACUUCAGUUGAUCCCCUCAGUCCCCAAAGGUAAACUGCCCAUUUUACCAUACUCAAGGAUGAAAACGACAGAGGUUUACAAAAAUGAGUCAGAUAUUAACAUUGCAGACUUUUCUUCACCUGGGCUCAGGGCGGACUCCAUCACAGAAGGCUUUAACGCAGCCACCAAAAUGGCCAACAACGUGCUGGGUCCACAGGUGUCAAAGCAGAGUCCAGCCACCAAACUGGACCUCAACCACAAAACAAAACUGAAUGGUGGGGCAACGAAGAGAAAAGGAAGAAAACUAAAGGUACCAGAUGAAAUUUUGGCAUUUCAGGGGAAAAGGAGGAAAUGUAAAAGAAUGAAAAAUGAUUCCCAAGAUUCCAGAGACCAAAAACCUGGGGCUAUGAAAAAAUAUCGUAGUAUUAUGCCUAAACCUGUCAUUGUCAUGCCCACUUUGGCUCCCCUCACUUCUCCUGCAGCUAUGUUACAAUCCCAAAGGCCCAGCAGCCUGGGACAGGACAUUUUGUUAAAUAAUUCACUCACUUCUAAAUAUCUUGGCUGUAAGCAGGACAAUAGCCCUUCUCCUAAGCCCAGCUCUGCAUUCAGAAAUGGAUUCUCUGGCAUUAAGAAACCUUGGCACAGAUGUCCUGUCUGUAACCACCACUUCCAGUUCAAACAGCACCUUCGAGACCACAUGAAUACACACACUAACAGACGGCCCUACAGUUGUCGGAUUUGUCGCAAGGCAUAUGUGCGUUCUGGCAGCCUGAGCACACACAUGAAACUUCAUCACGGUGAGAACCGGCUGAAGAAACUCGUGUGCUGCGAAUUUUGUGCAAAAGUGUUUGGUCAUGUCAGAGUCUAUUUCGGCCAUCUGAAAGAAGUGCAUAGGGUUGUCAUCAGCACCGAGCCGUCCCCCAGCGAACUGCAGGCAGAGGACGUGCCGAAGAACAGAGACAGAGAUGUGACUGUGCGAGGGACGGAGGGGUCCAUGCCAAGGGAAAACAAGUCAAGCCUAGAAGACGACCUCCUUCUAAACCAGGCAGACGAAGUCAAAUUACAAAUCAAAUGUGGCCGCUGUCAGAUCACUGCCCAGUCUUUUGCCGAAAUAAAGUUUCAUUUACUUUAUGUUCAUGGAGAGGAAAUUCAGGGCAGGCUGCAGGAGGAAAUCUCCCCAGGAAGCCAAGCUGCUCAGGAAGAGCUGGUUAAACAUGCCGCUCCUUCCUGGAAACAAUAUCCUGAAAGAAGAAAGCUGCCGAAGCAUUGUCCCUCCAAUGAGGAAGUGCAUGCACUUCCUAAACUGAAAAGGCAACUCCCCCUCCAUCAUCAGAAUGAUGUGGAAAUACUCAAGAAAAACGAAGGUGCUCAGUCAGGACCCAGGAAGCCCGGAGAAGACCCACAGGGCCCUGCGCUUCCCAGCCCUUACUCAGCUCUGCUUCGGUCCCAUGCGGGCUUUAACUGUGUCCUAUGUACCCAGACACUGGGGAGGAAGGAAGACCUGCUCCUGCACUGGGAGCAGCAGCACAACUGCGAGGACCCGCCCAGACUCUGGAGGAUUCUGGAUGCACUGUCCAACCAGGGCGUGUGCGAACCUCCCACCAAACUGCAGAGCGAAGCCCUGGAGUGAGGAGGCUGAGGAGGGGCUAAAGAGUUCUGUAUCACCUCUCUCCCCAAGCGUUUUGUUUUAUGGUGGUGCUUAAUUAUAAAAAUCAAAUAAGUUCGGAUCAGUGCUGAUGAGCAGAAGGAUUUUGUACAUAAUUUUAUUUUCUUAUGAAAUAUAUAUAUUAUAUAUGCAUCAAGGGCAUAUACAUAUAUAUGUAUAUAUAGAUGCAUAUUUUUCUAACCAUAUGCAGUUUUCUUUUAAAUUCUAUGUAUUAACUGUCAAUGUAUUAACUUUAUUUUGGUAUCAAUAAAAAUAUCAAAAUUUGGAGAUUGAAAUGUAUAGAAUUAUAGACUGUUCUUCAAAUAUAAUUUUCAGUAAAAAUGUGUUUGAGUGUA